AUGGCGUCUGACAAGAACCGUUUUGAUCGCACUGGACCCUUACAUUUAACUUAUGUUGACUGGGAUAAUGCGCAUCAUCGAAGAUCAGUUGCUGCUAGUUUGGUCCAUGGUGUUUAUAUUUUAGAGGAGGACAGGCAAGAACGUCGUGAAGGUCCCAAUGCUCUUGCAGUGCCUUGGUGGACGUUCUUCCACUUUCAGUUGCUUCGUAGACUUGAUGAUGUUGAUUCUUCCAUCUUCGGUGCAAUUUAUGAGUUCAAGCCUUCAACAUCUAUGUGCAAUGAAACCUUAUUAUGCAGAAGUCCACGUUAUGUAAUUGCCUUUCGAGGGACUAUGGCCAAGGCACACUCAGUUUCUCGUGACAUUGAGUUGGAUAUCCACGUUCUGCGAAAUAGCCUUCAUCAGACAUCACGCUCUGAGAUAGCAAUCCAAGCUGUUCGAAACAUGGUGGCUACUGUGGGUGCUUCCAAUAUCUGGUUAACAGGCCACUCACUAGGAUCAGCAAUGGCAAUGCUCAUUGGGAAAACCAUGGCCAAGACUGGCGUAUUUAUUCAGUCUUUUCUCUUCAAUCCUCCAUAUGUAUCUGGUCAAACUGAGAGAAUUAAGGAUGUGAAAUUGAAACAUAGAGUUCGAUUUGCUGGCAGUAUAGUAACAGCAGGACUUGCCAUUGUUUUCAAGGCUAAGCAGAAGAAGAGUUUGUCCUUUGAUUCAUUUGCUGCUUUGUCGGCCUGGGUUCCAUGCUUAUUUGUGAAUCCAUCUGACUAUAUCUGCUCUGAGUAUAUUGGAUACUUUGAGCACAGAAGAAAAAUGGGGGAUAUUGGUGCAGGGAGCAUUGAGAAGUUAGCCACCCAAACCUCCCUUGGUUGUCUAGUGAUGGAGAAGCUCAUCGGAUUCACCAAUGGUGGAAACCCGACUUACUCCUGGAAUCCAAGCUCUACCAAUACUAAGAAUUCUGGUAGUUGUUGUAAUAUAUUGCUUGGUGGGUCUGUUUUGAGUCAUGCUAUCUCUGGUUUUCUAUGUGAAGUUGAUGUUUUAAACUAUGUUAUCUCUGGUUUUGGUGUAAUGGCUUCUGAGAGGGAAUAUUUUGACCGCUCUGGACCCUUACAUUUAACUUAUGUUGACUGGAAUAAUGCAUAUCAUCGAAAGUCAGUUGCUGCUAGUUUGGUCCAAGGUGUUUAUGUUCUAGAGAAGGACAGACAACAACGGCGAGAAGGUCCCAAUGCUCUUGCACUGCCUUGGUGGACGUUCUUCCACUUUCAGUUGCUUCAUACGCUUGUUGAUGAUGUUGAUUCUUCCAUUUUUGGAGCAAUAUAUGCGUUCAAGCCUCCAACAUCUAUGUGCACCUUACGCAGAAGUACAUGUUAUGUAAUUGCCUUCCGAGGUACUAUAACCAAAGCAGAUUCAGUUUACCGUGACAUUGAGUUGGAUAUGCAUUUUGUGAGAAAUGGACUUCAUCAAACAUCACGCUCUGAGAUAGCUAUCCAAGCUGUUCGAAACAUAGUGGCUACUGUUGGUGCUUCCAAUAUCUGGUUAGCCGGCCACUCACUAGGAUCAGCAAUGGCCAUGCUCGCUGGGAAAACCAUGGCCAAGACAGGCAUAUUUAUUGAGUCUUUUCUCUUCAACCCUCCAUAUCUAUCUGCUCCAAUUGAGAGAAUUAAGGAUAAGAAAUUGAAACAUGGGCUUCGAUUUGCUGGCAGUGUAGUAACAGCUGGACUUGCCAUUGCUAUGAAGGCUAAGCAAAAGAAGAGUUUGUCCUUUGAUCCAUUUGCUGCUUUGUCUGCCUGGAUUCCAUGCUUAUUUGUGAAUCCCUCUGACCAUAUCUGCUCUGAGUAUAUUGGAUACUUUGAGCACAGAAAAAAAAUGGAGGAGAUUGGUGCAGGAAGCAUUGAAAAGUUAGCCACCCAAACGUCCCUUGGUUGUCUAGUGAUGGGUGCGUUGGGAAAGGAAUCUGAUGAACCUCUACACCUUAUUCCUUCUGCAUCUCUAACGGUUAAUCAUACUCCUUCACGAGAUUUCAUAGAAUCUCAUGGGAUUCACCAAUGGUGGAAACCCGACUUACGCCUGGAAUCCAAGCUCUACCAAUACUAA